CACAACACUGGUGUCGUAUGUUGCCCCCCUCGGCGGAGCUCCUUGCGGCUGCCCGGCGAGAGGAUGACGCGCUGGUGGACGCUUUUGCCCAGGUCCUCACUGUGGGUUCUGUCGACGAGGCGACCAAAAGGCAGCUGCAGCUGUGUUUGAGGGGAGGGGGCUUUGGGGCGGGGUCACUCGAGCGGAGAGCACCGGCAGCUUUUCUGGGGUCGGUGGCGAUGACUGUUGGGGAUGUAAUGGAGCGAUUUAGCGACCGGCCGUGGAUGCCGCAAGGGACAGAAGCUUCCUGACCGUGCAGUGGCUCGCCCAGGCAGCAUCUACUCUCUCUUCGCUUCGCGCAUCCCUCCCAUCCAUCACCAUCCCCUCUCUCUCCGACAUGAUGACCCGCCCUUACCCUCAUCUGCAGCACCGACUGACGGCCGCGCUGGUUGCGCAGGAUGGGGAGGCGUUGCGUGCUCUCUUCCCGGCCGACAGCCGGGCGCGGGGACGCCUACUUAGCUGCCAGGGCCCUAUGUCAUGCGGAUGGCUGACGGCGGUGCCGGCAUAUUCCCGCUACGACCACCGCACGUGCCUCAACAACUUUCAGUUCCGCACGCAAGCGGCCGUAUGCCUCGGUUUGCCGCUUCCACUUGCCCGACUCGGCCGGGUGUGUGCAUGUGGGGCAGCGGUCGACGAGUUUGGUGACCACUUUUUCCUCUGCCCCCUUGGCGCCAGCCAGCGCAUUCUGAAGCAUAAUCUCCUCCGCGACACCUUCGUCGAUCUCUUGGCAGAGGUCGGCAUUCCUGCGCAGACUGAGGUGCCCCUGCGCGCGCUCGGCAUGACGCCGCCAAACGCGGACCCCAACAACCAGCGGAUGGACAUCUUCUUUGUGGCUGAUGGCGUCGGCUAUUUGUGUGAUGUCACGGUGACCCACCCCCUCCGCCCUGACGACUCAGCCGUCGUCUCCCAUCAGCGGAUCCGCCGGGAGAAUGCCCAGUUGCCUGGGGGGACCGCUGCCCGACAUGCGGAGCGGCGGAAGGAGCUGCUGUAUGGAUCGACGGUGCGCGCGGUGCCCGGCUACGUGUUUGUCCCUCUCGCUGCCGAGACGUGCGGCCGAUGGGGACAGCAGACCAUCGACUUGCUGCACAAACUGGCUCGCCGCCGUGCCCCCUUACCGGCCUGCUGUGAGGAGGAUCGGGCGUCGUUUUAUGCGGGUUUCAUGAGCCGCUGGGCGCAGCGUCUCUCGGUGGCCCUCGCCCAAUGGAAUGCCUGUCAGCUUUCCUAUCGGGCUCACUGUGCAGCAGAGGCGCAAGCCCAGCAGCGGGCGAGUGCAUUUCCGGAGGACCUCAUCUCCCGUGGCCCCUAUCGCCCGCACUUCCGUCUGUUUUUUGCUCAAGACCGGCCGUGAUAGUCAGGGCCGGUGGGGUGGGGUGUGUGUGGGUAGGUUACAUCGGUGUCAGUGCGUAGGGUGACGGGUUCGUCUGGGUAUUCUGUAUCGUACGGCUAUGGGCUUUGCGGUUAUCGCCGUUCGCUUGUCGGUGCUGGUUGUGUGUGCCACCGAGUGGGAUGUCCAUGUGGGUGUUUUGGUCAGUGCGCAGAUGCGGUCGUCAUGUUGGACCCAUAGAUCAGAUGUCUGGUCGUCCCCCUUUCAUUUCAACGCCUCC